AUGUCUGCAUCAGCACAGUGUGCAGAGCCCACAGCCUACCCAGUCUUCCUGCAAGAUGCCGUCAAGGCGAACCGGGUGCUCAUCGCACUCACCUUGCACUUCAACGACGUGCUCGACGUGCAAGUCGUCCGCGACUCACUCUCCCAAUUGCUGCGCAUCGGGCACUGGCGAAAGCUGACCGGCCGCCUCCAUCAAAAUGCUGACGGCGGCUGGCACGUACGCAUACCGUCACAGCACACGCCGCAAGAUCCCGACUUUGCCUUUUUCGAAAAGACGUACGCGGCGGAGCUGGCCUCGCACCCGAUCGGCAAGCUGUAUCCCGCAGCGACGCGCAAGGCCGCGACGCAGCCGCUCGACCCGGCCAUCCGAGCGCUCCUCGUCCCCGACGGCUUUCCGGAGAGCUUCGACGCCUUGGUCGCGCGCCAGUGGCCGCAGCUCACCCUUUUCGCGUCCUCGUUCCGCGAUGCCACCGUCCUGACGUUACUGCUGCCGCACACGGCCAUGGACGCCAGCGCCAUCACGGCCCUGCUCCGGAACUGGUCCCGCGUCAUGGCCGGCGGCGCGGCGGGCAGUGUUGAGCGCGUCCACGGCGCCCCGGCAGACCCCCUCGCGGUCCUCGACCGCGGCGCGGAGACGCCCCCGCCGCCGCCGCAUGUUCUCGACCGCCAGCGCAUGACGUGGUGGCAAAUCAUCACAUUCGUGGCCCUGUUCCUCUGGCGCAAAGUGACUUGGGGCGCUGCGGAGACGCGCCUGGUCUAUCUGCCGGAGGAGGCGCUGCGGGCUCUCAAAGCUCGCACGAUACGCGAGGCGCAGACAUGUGCACCAGGACCCGAUACGUUCCUGUCUGAGGGGGACAUUCUGACAGCGUGGCUCAGUCGCCUGACGCUCGCCGGUACCGGGCGCCGGAUCCCCGCGACGAUCCUAGAUGUGAUUAAUGCGCGCAACCAGAUUCCCGCUGUAAAAAACGAAGAGGAGAUUUUCCUCCAAAAUCUACUCGGCGUCGCAUUCACACCCCUGUCCGCAAAGGACAUGCAGAGUUCCACGGGCGCCAUUGCGUUGCGCCAUCGCCGCUCCCUCACCCAGCAGCUCUCGGAGCCCGCGUUCACGCUCCAUCUGCAACGGAUGCGCCACGCUAUACGGAAAUCGCCUUUUAGUCUGCCGCCUGUUUUUUACGGGCACGCGUCCGCCCUGGUUCUCGUGUCUAACAACGUGAGCCGGCCGGGCUACGCGGCCGUGGUCGAUUUUGGCCCGGCUGUGCUGGACGGCCCGCGCAUGGAGAGGCGGAAUGCGCCUGGGACACCCGUCUUCGCCAUGACGAUCCCGACAGACAUGUCGGACAUGAUGGGCUUCAUGUCCAUUUGGGGAAAGGACAACCAGGGCGGGUUCUGGCUCUCGGCGACAAUGAGUCGUGCCGGCUGGGGUCUUGUCGAGGAACAUUGCCACGCCCGCAGCCAGCGCCCUCCCAGGACGGCCCCGGGAUCCCGAACCCAGAACCCGCGCUGGGCCGCCGACUACGGCCAAAAGCAGCGCAUCGUUCUGAGAAACGCGACCCUCUUUGACGGCCAGCGCUUCGUGGACCACGCCGUGGAUAUUGUCUUUUCCAGAGGCCUGGUCGAAUCAGUGCAAGCGUCGGGCGGCGAUAGCCAUGACGGGAGCGCUCUUGUCUACAAUCUCCACGGACGCUACGUCACCCCUGGCCUGGUCGACAUGCACUCACACCACAUGCUCUCCCCGUGGCCCGGAAUGGAUAUGACGGCGGACGGGGCCGAGGUGCGCCCCGACACCAGGGCGGUGACGGGGCAGAUGCGCGUCAUCGACGCGCUUAAAGCGUACGACGAGGCGACGGCGAUUAUCGCCUCGGGCGGUGUUACCACCUCGCUCGUGAUCCCCGGCUCUUCCAACCUCAUCGGCGGCGAGGGCGCGCCCGUCAAGAACGCGCUGCACAGCGGCUCAGCCGCGGAGCCCGUCGUCGAGGAUGUCCUGCUCGAGCGCGGGCUGCCGCCGCGCGCCCGCCGGCGCUACAUGAAGAUGGCCCUCGGCGAGAACCCCAAGGCCGUGUGGGGGUACAGCCGCCUCGGGAACGCGUGGCGGCUGCGCGAGCACUUCCAAAAGGCCAGGGACGUGAUGCAGGCGCAGGACGACUACUGCGCGCGGCUACAGGUUGCGGAACAGGGGAGUGCCCGGACAAGAUCCGACUUUGUAGCCGAGAACGCAAGGUUCCCGUUCAAUCUCGAGCUCGAGAGCGUCGUGGCCCUGCUCCGCGGCCAGGUCUCGCUACACAAUCACAACUACGAGCCGCAGGAUCUCGAGACCAUGGUGCGCAUCAGCGAGGAGUUUGGGUUCGCGAUUGCAGGGUUCCACCACGCGGUCGAGGCGUGGCAGGUGCCCGCGAUGCUCAGCGAGCGUGUGCCCAACGUCACCAUUGCCACCUUUGCCGAGUUCAGCUUGUACAAGCACGAGGCGUACUGGCCCAGCCUCUACGCCGGGCACGUCCUCGACAAGGGCGGCAUCAAGGUGGCCUACAAGUCGGACCACGUGGAGUCGUUUACGAAUGCAAAGUACCUGCUGUCUCAAGCGGCCGUGGCGCACGCUUUCCAUCUGCCGGCGGAGAAGGCGCUGCAGGCCGUCACGGCGGUACCGGCGGCCGCCAUGGACCAGGACCACCGCGGGGGCUAUUGCAAGCCAGGCUACGACGCCGACAUUGUCGUCUGGGACGAUCAUCCUCUCAACCGCGGCGCAACACCGCUGCAAGUGUUCAUCGACGGCAUUCCCCAGCUCAAUGACACCAUGGUGGAGAAGAGUACAGGCUCUUCUUGGUACUCGCCUUUGGCGGAAGGACCAUCAUCCCAGGUUAUGCCUCAAGUUAAGUACGAGCCAGACGACAAGACCCGUCGUGACAAAUGCCAGGGGAUGAAAAACGCAAGCGGCAACAUGAUUAUAUCCGGCAUUCGCCGUACUUUUGCACUGGACUAUCCCGAACUGGCGAGCGAGCAGGUGGCCGCCGGGACGGGCUCCCUCCAACUCAUCCUCGAGAACGGCCGGCUCGUGUGCGCCGGAACGCCGGCGACGUGCCGGGAAAGCCGUGCCCGGAUCGAAGCGACAACGGGCUCCACGCACCUCCGUCUGACCAAUGGCCACGUGGCGCCGGGCCUGAGCGCGCUCACCAAUGCGCUGGGCGUGCGCGAAAUCGCCACUGAUCCGUCCACGGGCGACGGCGGCGCGGGCAGGCAGAGCCUCGCGGACCCUGCCAGCAUCCUGUACGCCAAGCACGGCGCGGCGCUCGACGGCAAGGCGUUUGCGCGCGCGCGCCUCGGCGGCGUCACGCGUGCCGUCACAGCGCCCGUCGCGGAUGGCGCGCCGCUGUUUGUAUCCGGCGUCAGCGUCGAGAUCCGGACGGGCGGCACGCAGAGCCUGCUGCACGGCGGUAUCGUACAGGAAGAGGUCGCGCUGCACGUGGCGCUGGGCGAGGCGGCGAGGGCGGAUGAAGGCGCCGUGAGUCGCGGCGUGCAGAAGAUUCGCACGAUGCUCGAGGACGGACGGGGAAGACACAACGAGACGGUGUUUGGACGGGUCGCGACGGGUCGGCUCCCGCUGCUCGUCUAUGCGGACAACAAGUACGAGAUUGAGCAGCUGAUUUGGAUCAAAAAGGACUUUGCCGACACGAACCUGGUGCUUGUCGGUGCGAUGGAGGCCCCCUUUGUAGCCAAGGAUCUUGCGGCGGCAGGAAUCCCCGUCAUAUUGACGCGCGACCGCGGCGCUCCCACCACCUUUGGUACGCGAGACGGGUUCGUGGGCCCGCCGCUGACACGCAGCAUCGCCAGCUAUCUGAAGGACGCCGGCGUCAAGUUUGGCCUCGCUUUGCUGGAGCCGGGCAUGCCGUCCGACUACAAGAUCCACGACCUGUUGCCCGAGGCCGGCUGGACCGCGAAGUACGCGGGGCUGCGCGACGACGAGGCCGUUGCGCUCGUGACCCGCAACGUGGAGGACAUUCUCGACCUGAAGCACAGGAACAGGGACAUCGUUGUGUAUGAGGGAAACCCGCUGUACUAUGGCGCGACGGUCGCGCUCGUAUUGGCGGAAAGUGAGGAGACGGGGAGGCUGGACGUCGUGGGCUGCUUUCCGCGGGAGAAUGAGAUGGUUGUUACUACGGGGAGCUUGGCGUAG